UCCAGCUGCGGACGCUUGUGAGCAGGUUGUUUUUAUGAGAGGCGUCACUGCGCUUGGAGCUGUGACCGCCGCCGCCGCGACAGCUAGCGCAGCCGGGCGGAGGUGGCGCUGCCCCUUCAGACUUGAAAAAUGUCUGAAAAUUCCAGUGACAGUGAUUCAUCUUGUGGUUGGACUGUCAUCAAUCAUGAGGGGUCUGAUAUAGAGAUGGUGAAUUCUGAACAAGGUACAGCCAGUGACGUCUGUGAGCUUACCCCAGGAUGUUCAACUUUAGAGCAAGGAGAACUACAAGUACUACAGCUAGAGCAGGGAGAGAGCAGCCAAAGUAGCACAGUAUUAAUGGGAGAGACUGCUUAUCCAUCGUUGGAGCAAAUGAAGUCAGCUCUUGAGGGAGAAGAAGAGAUGUUCCCUGAAGACAAUGUCUAUUUUGGAACUGUCAGUGAUGAUUCUGAUAUUGUUACCCUUGAGCCACCUAAGUUAGAAGAAAUUGGAAGUCAAGAAGAAGCUAUAAUUGUUAAAGAAGCACAGAAUCCAGAAGACUUUAACAUGGGCUCUUCCUCUAGCAGCCAGUAUACAUUCUGUCAGCCAGAAGCUGUAUUUGCAUCUCAGCCCAGCGAUGAUGAAUCAAGUAGUGAUGAAACCAGUCAUCAGCCCAGUCCUGCCUUUAGACGGCGCCGUGCUAAGAAGAAGACGGCCUCUAGUUCAGAAUCUGAAGACCGGUCAGUUGAACAAGAAAUAGAACCAUCCAGAGAGAUGUAUAAACGCCCACUUGGUAGUGGUCUCAAUAAAUGUGUUAUACUUGCUUUGGUAAUUGCAAUCAGCAUGGGAUUUGGACAUUUUUAUGGCACAGUGCAGAUUCAGAAGCGUCAACAGUUAGUCAGAAAAAUACAUGAAGAUGAACUGAAUGAUGUGAAAGAUUAUCUUUUGCAGUGUCAGCAGGAACAAGAGUCACUUACAGAUUAUAAGUUGUUAAAGGAAAACCUUGCGAAGUGUUGGACCCUUACUGAAGCAGAGAAACUGUCCUUUGAAACUCAGAGAAACAACCUUGAUACUGAAAACCAGUAUUUAAGGAUAUCACUGGAAAAGGAAGAAAAAGCCUUAUCUUCAUUACAGGAAGAGCUAAGGAAACUAAGAGAACAGAUGAGGAUUUUGGAAGAUAAAGGAGCAAGAACUGAGUUAGUUACAGAAAAUCAGAAACUUAAGCAGCAUUUGGAAGAAGAAAAACUGAAAACACAGAGUUUCCUUAAUCAAAGGGAGACUCUACUGGCAGAAGCAAAGAUGCUGAGAAGGGAAUUAGAGAGAGAACAAUUAAUGACCAUGGCUUUAAGGGUAGAACUCCAACAGUUAAGCUCUAGUCAAUCUUACGGCAACACAGACUCUUCCAAUGUAUUGACUGAAGAAAAGGAAAUAGAAACCUUACGGGAACGACUCGCUGAACUGGAGAGGAAACUAAACUUUGAACAGCAGCGUUCUGAUUUGUGGGAAAGACUGUAUAUUGAGGCAAAAGAUCAAAAUGGAAAACAAGAAACUGAUGGGAAAAAAAAAGGCAGCAGAGGAAACCACAGGGCUAAAAAUAAAUCAAAGGAAACAUUUUUGGGCUCAGUUAAGGAAACAUUUGAUGCCAUGAAGAAUUCUACCAAGGAGUUUGUGAGGCAUCAUAAAGAAAAAAUUAAACAGGCUAAAGAAGCUGUGAAAGAAAAUCUGAAAAAAUUCUCAGAUUCAGUUAAAUCUACUUUUCGGCAUUUCAAAGAUACCACUAAGAAUAUCUUUGAUGAAAAGGGCAACAAACGAUGUGGUGCUACAAAAGAAGAAUCUGCUAAAAAACCAACAGUUUUUAGUGAAUAUUUACACGCACAGUAUAAGGCACGUGCACAAAAUCAGAAUAGUAGAGGCCCUACUGUGCAAAGAGAGGGAAGGAAAGAAAAAACAACUCACUUUGAAGAAUUUGGAAAAAAUACAAAUUCACAAAAAUGCAGUGCUGAGCAUGACUGUAAUGAAAAUUCAUUCAGAAAGACUUGUUCUGGUGUAGUUGAAUGUGCUCGACAGGAAUCCAUCAACGCUUUUAAUGUUAAAAUGUUGAGUCCUGUAGGGAUAAAAGAAUUUAGACAGGUAGUUGAAAGGUAUUUACUAGACAAACUGGAUAAUUUUCAUCAUUGGAAAGAACUCAAUCAAUUCAUCGACAAGUUUUUCCUAAAUGGUAUCUUUAUACAUGACCAGAAGUUCUUCACUGACUUUGUUAAUGAUGUUAAAGUUUAUCUUAAAGACAUGAAGGAAUAUCAAGUAGAUAAUGAUGGAGUGUUUGAGAAGUUGGAUGGAUAUAUAUAUACACAUCUCUUUGGUCACACUUUUUCCCCUCCAUAUGGACCCAGUCGACCAGAUAAAAAGCAACGUAUGGUAAAUAUUGAAAACUCCAGGCAUCGAAAACAAGAGCAGAAGCACCCCCAGCCACAGCCUUAUAAAAGGGAAGGUAAAUGGCAUAAAUAUGGUCGCACUAAUGGAAGACACAUGGCAAAUCUUGAAAUAGAUUUGGGGCAGUUACCUUUUGAUCCUAAAUAUUGACCACCAUAAUUAGUUAAAUUCGAAAACUGUAAUAGAAACAUACUUCGUACAGUGUUUUGUGUUGAAAGUAAGAUGAAAUGAUCAAGAUAACAAUGUCUUUUUAUCAUUUUUUAAGUAUCAGUUUGAUGACUUUAUACUAUUGCUCAGAAGCAUCAAAUGAAAGCUUACUAACCUGCAUUUUUCUGUAAUUUAGCUUUGCUGAACUUUCUUUUUGCACUGGAAAUGUUCAACUGUAGUUUUAUUAAGGAAGUCAGGCAUGCAACAGAUUUUGUGCAUGAAAUGAGACUUCCUUUCAGUGUGAGCUUAAAGCAAGCUCAAAUCAUACAUGACGAAGUGUAAAUUAACACUGAUACUUUAAAUUUGCAGUAGAGCUUGAAAAAAGUACAUUGUGAUGGAAUUUCAUCUUUAACAUUUUAUAACCUUACACUUGCUUCUUGUCUUUUUGUGGGUUCAAGAGCCCGUUGACUUGUGAAGAGUGCUGCCUUCUUAUGAGCUUGCUGACUUGUUCUCUUGUGAAAUUUCUUGCACAGCUGAAUAUUGUGGAAGAAACAAUAAAACUACAACAUGAGGAAAACUAAAGGUGUUUAUUUAAAACCUGGCCUUCUUUUAAUAUGUGGUUGUAUAUUUUGUGACUCCCCCCACCCCCCAAUACAUUCCCUCAGUAGUGGUAUUUGAUAAAGCAUUGCUAGUUCCAUAAAUCUUGCUUCUUGCUGUUUACUUGAAUAGUUAAGCAGCAUCUGAGCUUAUCUACCCUUUCUCUGUGAAAGAU